CCUCUGAAGUGUCCUUUCCUUCAGCCCAUCGUCCUCCUGCACUUGGCCUAUCUCUGCCGCACUGACACUGACAUUCUUUCACGUUAGCAGCAUCGGCUGGCCAGAUAGGUCCUCCUCACCAACCCGGCCACUAUCUGAGAAUGUGUGUGUGUGAGAGAGAGUAUGUGAGUGAGAGAAAGAAAGAAUGAGAGUAGAGAGAGAGAGAGAGAGAGAGGAGAAGAGAGUAGCUAUCAGAGACACUAGCUGGGUUAAUUGACCGACAGAGUUCAUGUGAACUGGAAGAGCAGGAUUGUAAAAGAUCAUGUCUGCGUUCGAUGACAGCGAGGCAGUAGAAAACAUGUACGACACAGAGCUCAACCCAGCGGCCGGCGAGAGCGCCGAAGAGGAGACGGAAGACAGCAUCAUGUCACCGAUCGCCGUGGGGCCUGCCUCCCCCCAGCCCAACAACGAGGACUUCACCCCGAAAGAGGGCUCACCCUACGAGGUCCCUGUCUACAUUCCUGAUGACAUUCCUAUCCCCUCCAACCUGGAGCUGCGUGAGUCCUCUGUACCAGGGGCCGGCCUAGGAAUCUGGGCCAAAUCCAGAAUCGGGAUGGGCGAACGUUUCGGACCAUACAACGGACUGCAGAGUGCCACGGUCAAAGAAACCACUUAUGGAUGGGAGCAAAUGCUAAAUGAUCACGAAGCUUCGUCUCAGGACAGCUGCAUCAAAAAGGUCGUGGACGACAUGGGCAAUGUGAAGUUCUGUCUGGACGGAUCUCUGGAGGCCAGCGGGAGUUGGCUGAAGUACGUACGCACAGCGCCAUCCUACGAAGAUCAGAACCUGGCUGUGUGUCACCUCAGUGAAGAUCAGAUUUUUUACAAAGCUAUUAGAGAUAUUGAGAUUGGGGAGGAGCUGCUGGUUUAUAUGAAGGACGGAAUCUUCCCUGAGGGCUCCAUGGCACCCAACCUGGAAGAUGAACAGAUGUACCGCUGUGAAGACUGUGACGAGCUCUUCACCUCAAAGUUGGAGUUGAGGAGGCAUCAGAAAUACUCCUGCAGCAGUGGGAACUCCAUCUUUGACACAUUAAGUGAAGAUCUCAAACAGGAGCGGGAGGACAGCGAUGAACCAGUGUACGAGUGCAAAGACUGUGAGAAGAUCUUCCCCAGCGAGUACAGUCUUAGCCAGCAUAUGGUGGUGCACACAGAAGAGAGGGAGUACAAGUGUGACCAGUGCCCUAAAGCCUUCAACUGGAAGUCCAACCUCAUUCGUCAUCAGAUGUCACAUGACAGCGGCAAGCGAUUUGAGUGUGAAAACUGUGACAAGGUGUUCACAGACCCUAGCAACCUGCAGCGCCACAUCCGCUCACAGCACGUCGGCGCCCGUGCCCACACCUGCCCCGAGUGUGGCAAGACCUUCGCCACUUCAUCGGGCCUCAAGCAACACAAGCACAUCCACAGCAGUGUCAAGCCUUUCAUGUGUAAGUCUGAGCAGGCUAGUCUAAGCCUCAGAUACAAUUACCAGUGUCCAACGGCCUCCCAGCUAACUCCUCCCCAAGAUGACAGCUGUUGUUUUAUAGGUGAGGUGUGUCACAAGUCCUAUACCCAGUUUUCCAACCUGUGCCGCCACAAGCGGAUGCAUGCAGACUGCCGCACCCAGAUCAAGUGCAAGGACUGCGGGCAAAUGUUCAGCACUACCUCCUCCCUCAACAAGCACCGGCGCUUCUGCGAGGGCAAGAACCAUUACAGUCCUGCAGGCAUGUUCACCCCGGGCAUCCCUAUGACCUCUAGCCCCAUCAUGGGCAAAUCUAAACCCCACCCUGGACUGAAUCAUGGCGGACUUGGCUUCGGCGACUACUUUUCCUCACGGCCUCACCACCCAGGCCUGCCUUUCUCCACGGCCCCUCCCGCAUUCCCCUCCCUUUCCCAUGGCUUCCCAGGAAUCUUCCCCCCAUCAUUAUAUCCUAGGCCACCAUUGUUACCCCCUAGUCCAUUAUUAAAGAGUCCCCUGAGUAACAGUCAUGAUGGGAAGCUCCCUCAUGUUCCACUCGAUGGUCCUGCCCUCCCUUUGGUUACAUCUGUUAACAACACUAAUGGCAACGCAGGAAGUGGCCUUAGUAGCCAGUCGGAGGAAAUUCGAGAGUCCAAGCUGGACCUGUCCUUUUCGGAUGGCAAGAAUAAGGUGAAAAUGAGUGACAUGUCUGAUGGCAGUGACUUGGAGGACGUUAACACCACAAGUGGCACCGAUCUAGACACCACCACCGGCACCGUUUCUGGCUCUGACCUGGACAGCGAGGCAGAGAGUGAACGGGAGAAAAGUCGGAGGAAGUCGGGGCAGGAAGGCAAGCAAGAUGAGGUCAGCAGCAGCUCUGUGUCCGUGUCCAGCUCAGGCAACCUUCCUCAUGACCGUCCCUUCCUCUCCUCCCAGCAUUCCUUCUUCCCACCACCUGACGAGCAAGCGCUCCCACCUACAGGUGCAGCAACUGACUCCAUCAAAGCCAUUGCUUCCAUUGCAGAAAAGUACUUUGGGCCAGGUUUCAUGGGCCUGCAGGAGAAGAAAAUGGGCUCGUUGCCCUACCAUUCCAUGUUCCCCUUUCAGUUCCUGCCCAACUUCCCACAUUCCUUGUACCCUUUCACAGACAGAGCCCUCAACCCCAAUAUGUUCCUGAAACCAGAGCCCAAAUCACCUCAUGAGCACAUACAGAAAAUGGCCACCACCACUGCUACAGAGUCACCCUUUGACCUCACCACCAAGCCUAAGGAGGUGAAAGCCCUCCUGCCACCCUCCAACAAGCCUGCCUUGACUUCUAGUGCACUCCUGCCCAGUGGCGAGGAACAGCCUCUGGAUCUGAGCAUAGGCAGCCGGAGCAGAGCGAGCCAAAACGGCGGAACACCUGACCAGCGCAAGAACCACGUUUACGGCGCAAACUGCAAAACGCAGGUUAAAGACGAGCAUCCGGUGCUGAACCAGUCCCAGAACCUGCACCAACCCCAGAUGCCACAGCAGCAAGUGUCCCUUCCGCAGCCGCCUCCUCCCCAGCAGCAGCCCUCGCUACACUACGCCAAGCCCUCGCCCUUCUUCAUGGAUCCCAUCUACAGCAGGGUGGAGAAAAGGAAGCUGAUAGAUCCUGUAGGAGCCCUGAAGGAGAAGUACCUGAGGCCAUCUCCACUGCUCUUCCAUCCACAGAUGUCGGCGAUGGAGAACAUGACUGAGAAACUGGAGAGCUUUGGUGCAUUGAAACUGGACGCUCCCAAUUCCCUACAGCACUCCUCACACCACCUCUUUAACUUCCGCUCCCCUCCCCCUUCUUUAUCGGACGCUAUCCUUCGCAAAGGCAAGGAGCGCUACGCCUGCAGGUACUGUGGGAAAAUCUUUCCCAGGUCGGCUAAUCUUACCAGGCACUUACGAACACACACAGGAGAGCAACCCUACAGAUGUAAAUACUGUGACCGUUCCUUCAGCAUCUCUUCUAACCUCCAGCGACAUGUUCGUAACAUUCAUAACAAGGAGAAGCCCUUCAAGUGUCACCUGUGUAACCGCUGCUUUGGUCAGCAGACCAACCUGGACCGCCACUUAAAAAAGCAUGAGCAUGAAAAUAUUCCAGUGAGUCAGCACUCUGGGAUCCUCUCAAAUUUGGGAACGAAUAUCUCCUCUCCAAACUCCGAGCCCGACAAUCAUGCACUUUUAGACGAGAAGGAGGACUCAUAUUUCUCAGAGAUUAGAAACUUCAUCUCCAAUAGUGAGCUGAACCAGGCCUGCAGCUCCUCAGAGAAAAGGUCAGAGCUGGCGGAGGAAGAGCGUCCCGAGUGCCAUGCCGUCAAAGGCUCCAAAUUAGAGGAGGAAGAUGAGGAGGUGGAAGGAGAUGAUGAAGAUGAGGAAGGUUCGCUGACAGAGAAGUCGCAGGACGAGACGGCUUCUCCCGCCACCAUGGUGCAAGGCACUUACGAAGACGACGAGGAAUCGGCUCCUCUCUCCAUGACCUACGAACACCCGCGCAGGUGUAUGGAGGAGGAAGCAGGACUGUUAGAUCUGGAGCCUCUGCCGGGUUUCCCCAAGGGCCUGGAGCUCCAUAAGCCUGGAGAAGAGCCCUUUGACGUUAAAGACAUUUUUAACACCUCCUUAGAGUCUGAGGUGCUGAAAGAAACGCUGUUGAGGCAGGCUAAAACCCAGGCUUAUGCAAUGAUGCUCUCUCUGUCAGAGAACAACUCUCUGCAUCCGUCCUCCCAGAAUUCGCUGGAUGCCUGGCUGAACCUGGGAGGAGGCCCUUCAGAAACCAGCUCCUUUCAUCCACUCAACCACAUCUAAGCCCAGAGAGCACAGAGACAGAGCGGGAGAUCGGGGAGAGGAGAGAGAGAGAGAUAUUGAGAGAACGAGGGGAUGGGAUGGGUAAAGGACAGUGUGAAAGAGAGGCAUGUGUUGGAAAUGAAAACAGAAGCACAUGAAGACCAGCAACGCUUUCAGUAGUAGAUGAACCACCACUUCAGUAGGGGCUUCGGGGGGAGGGGGGGACCUUAGCCAACUGGACUGUUUGGCUAAAACAGAGACAUGAACCAGUAGAGCUGUAGAGAUCUCCUUUCCACAACAGAUAAAGAGAGACUGAGCAGACCACUUCAAGUACAGCACCCAGUCGAUCUGUCUGUCUGUCUGUAUGUCUGUCCGUAUGUCUGCCACUCCUUCAAACUAGAUGCAGGUGGUGUUCUCCACAGAAGCUCAGACUGCUGUCUCCCACUGACACCUUCAGAAAUCAUCCCACAUUCACAUCAUUUCUCAUCAAGGGUGAACCCUGCUGGUGAAAGGGAUGCACUGCAUUACUGUAGGAGGUUCCUCUGAGCACAGGCUGAGUACACACAGUGGCUAAGUAAGGUAUUUUUAACACAUCCAUAUUCCCAAAGAGUUCCAUAUACACAUAUAUAAAGGGUUAGUUUAAUGGUUUAGGACAUGCACUGGGCAGAUCAGACCACAGGAGGGCGCAUUGCCUCAACAAGACAGGGUGUCUCCAAGCUGAACAGGGUUAAUACUGAAUCCUGUCCACUAGAUGUCUCCAAAAACAACUGCUGUGAACCAACGUACACAGUCAAUGAUAGUCAAUGACCACACAAUAUAAAAACAAGAGGUUGGGAGAGUACAGUACUAGAGUACAAGUAGGCUAAUCACUUACAUUUCCAAUCACAUACCUCAUUCUGUAUCGUUCCUCCUAUAACAGAGUGGUAAAACCGCUCAGAGUGCAUUACCACCCAACCACAUGUGUAGGAUUAGCAGAACUACGUAAAGAUGCUCAUAUUGUUUUAGCUGUACAACAGGCCUUGGUCUGAACUAAGAAAUAGUUAAAUGAAGAGUUAAAUUAUUCUCCUCUGGAGGCAUUUGGAUUAUCCUCUUACCUUCUUAUCUUCUCAAGCAUUCAAUAAGGUUAUCCUCUCUUUUUUCUGUUGUUUUGUAUGUGAUUUGUUCUUUGGUAAAACAAAAAAAAACAGUAUUGUUUCAGUUUUUUUUCUGAGCACCCCUGUGCUUAAAUGUUAAUAUAAUUAUUUAGUGAAGGACCAAAUUUGUACAAUAUUGUUGUAUGAUAUACAAGAUAAUUUGAACGUUCGUAGCGAAGAGUGUUGUGUGCCAAAUAAUCCUGUUUUUUCUUUUCUUUUUAGUUUUUCUUGGACAAUCAUUUAUUUUUUUUCUUCCCACAGUGGUUUCCCAUUGUUUUAAGUAGUGUUUUCUCUCCCUUAUUGCCUUACUCACGUUAUAUACAUUUGUUGUUUGAUUUGAGGUUUUGCCUUUGUUUCCUAUUUAUUUUAGUUUUUCAUUGUCGGUAAAAGAAAGGAAGUACCGUAAGAAAAAGAAAGAAAAAAAUAUAUAUAGCUCACACACUCUACUUUUCUGAAGGAAUUAAUUUUUUUUUUUGGGGGGGGGGGGGGGGUAAAAAUGUUAAUCUCUCAAUGCUCUGAAGGUGAUUGUAUAGAUCAAAAAUCUCAAAAAUCAUCUGUUUUAUUUAUGAGAACUUCUUGACAAACGUCUUGGCGACCCGUCUUGUUUGUGUCUGUCGUGAGGUUUGUUUUUUUUGUCUUGACCAUUUCAGACUGUACGUGCAGUGUUUGAUGUUGAACAAAUGGUUGAACUUUCUUUUCUUUUUCUUUUUCUUGUUUUUUUUUUUUUUUUGCUUUGAAAGAAAUCCUUUGAUUAAAGCAUCAGGUAACUCGAAUAGUAGGGCAUUUUAUAUAUAUAUAUAUAUAUAUAUAUAUAUAUAUAUAUAUUUUUUUUUUUUUUUUUUUUUUACUGUCAUAAUCAGUUCAACGGUCAGUAAAAACAAAUUACAAAAAUAACACAGAAAGACUCUGCAGCAGCAGCACACACUCUGAAAGCUGGAUUUCCCUCUCUGGUGUGUAGGAAACAGCGCGCCACUGUGUUCCAUAUAUAACACUGAACAAAUUCCAUUCUGUAGUAUCCCAGACGAGCUUCCGAUGAGGAGUUUGUUUGUUGUUUAGUGGGAACGUGAAGUCAGGUCAGCCUCUGAACCAACUGAACAUUAUUUCAUUUAGGGGUCUUUCAUACUUUCAUAUAUAUCUCUAGGCUCGUCAUAUCUCUUGCAAAACUCUUACAACGAAAGCAGCUGCUGUUAAUUAAUUGAAGGUAGGACUUAAUCAAAUGGGAUCAAAUGAUGAGCUGUGAGCUCAUAGUAGAUAUCAUGGGGGUGGGGGAGGUUGGGUUUGUUUUAUUGUGGGUUUUUUUUUUUUAGUUUUUUGCUUAGUGCAGGGACUCAGGAGUCCUGGUGCAACUCCACUGAACUGUGAAUCCAGCACAUGAAUCGUACAAAUAAAGAAAACGACUAACCACGAUCUCAUGAUGAAUGUGUAGAGUAGACUUAACGCCUGAUUAAUGAAUCAAACUCGGAUCAGACAGACAAACAUAAAAAAAAACAACAUCUUUCACCCCUUUAUUUUUAGUCAGCCAGAUGGAAGACAGGAAGAGUGUCCAUUGCUGUCACCACUUGUUCUUGUUUCUUGUUCUCUGACUCACUCUCCUGGCUUAUACAGUUUAGGUCACUCCCUAUAUAAUAAUACAAUUCACUGAAUCUAGCACUUAAGUGCAGGACACUCCUGUCGAUAAGCAGCAGCAGCAGCAGCAGAGGUUUUAAAACCCAGUCCUCCAGUGGCUUUUAAAAGCACUUUAGAGAGGAAGCAGCACACUGCUGGCAUUACGAGCGGAAGAACGACUGAAGUUAUUCACCUCACUACAUACAUGGAUGGAGUUCAGUUAAACCUCAAGCACUAUAGCAGUCCUCGGCCACUAGAUGGCGCCUCUGUAUCAUUAUUCACACUCUCAGCCAGUUGACUGUUCAGUAGAUAGGAGUUCACACAGGCUAGUCCCUCUGCUACACAGGCUAGCAAUGCUGGAGGUUGAUUGAGAACACUGCAUACGGAGAGGCUCAUGUCACAUACUACUGUAAUAAUAAUAAUAAUAAUAAUAAUGAAAAGAAGAAGAAUCGAGCGCUGUAAGUGAUGGAGAGAAAGAGAAAACACACACACACACACACACACACACAAAGUGAACGGUCACAAACCGAAUGUGACACAGACAUGAUUCUCCUUUGCCCUCUGUUACACAAAAUACACAAAGUAAAGUAAAUGUAAAACCAUACAGACUUAUGGUUUCUCUAAAACUGUAUAGCAUUUCAAAAUAAAAUAAAAAAAAAUUGAUGUUGCGAAUGUCUGAAAAAUUAGUUCAAAACAUGGGUUUGAAAAAUAGAUGGUGCUUGUUUCAUUUGAAUCCAAGUUGUAUAUCGCUUCUGUUCUGUUUAAUAAAAAAAAACACAAAAAAAUAACAAAAAAAUUACAAAACAAAACAAGGUGACCUGUUGUGCAUGACUUGUGUUUUAGCGGUCAUAAUGGUGUCCAUUUGUGAAAUGUGUAUCUUAAAUUAAAGAAGAAAAAAAAAAUGGUCAUUAAAAAAAAACAAGAUUUGUAGAUGCACUUAUUGUACAUGUGGUUAGGUUUAGUAGGUUUGACUUUAAGUCCUUGUUGAACUGCCUUAAAUGCAACGGGCAGACGGUUAAUUAAACAAUAUGCUUGUGGGAGAGAAAUAAUGACGAAAAAAAUGAAAAGGAUUGUAGAAUAAUAAUGAAAAUUCUGAAAUUGCAGUUCUUUUUUCAUGCUUGUGAUUAUUGAAGAUGUACUUUAGAGAAAUUUCAUGGAAAAGACAUGAUUCUGAUGUUAAUUCUGUAGAAUAGAUAUGUAUACCAAAUGUAAUCUUUCCAAUGCUAUGAAGAAUUUAUACAUGAAAUUGAUAUGCAAUAAAAACCUGUGUGCUUUUUA